AUGGGAGACAUCAACAUGGACGCUCCAGAUUAUGGGAUCGCGGCGAUGAGGAGGGGAAGCUACGAUGAUGCUUCAGCUUCUCUGCGUCCUGACUUCAAGCACUUGGCCCAGAGGCGACGCUCGGCCCCGUCCCUGGUGUUUGGGAAGGCGCUGGGGAUGACGUGGUCUCCUAUCAGGGAGGAGGCGUCCUGCUGGGUGUCUGUGGAGCAGAGUCCAUUCGUCCUCGGCCUGAGCAGCGAGAACGGACAGCUGCUGCUGGACGAGUGUGUCCAGGUCACCAUGGGCUCGAAGACCAGGGAGAGACGCAUGUUCCUCUUCAGCGAUGUCAUCGUGUUCGCCAAACUCAAGUCGAGUGCCAGCUACCGUCUGAAGCACAGAGUGAGCCUCAGGGACGUCUGGCUGUACGGUUUUGAAGACGAGGCAGAGGAUGAAGAGGGAACGACGGGGGAUAUUGACCUGAGGUCUCUCAUACCAUGCCGUUAUUUUGCCCACAGCUCACCUGAGGUGAAAGAACGCUGGUUGGAAACUCUACACAGAAACAUUAGAGACACAAAGGCGAGGGCUGGCUGUGCCUUUUCACCUCCUGACGUCCUCAUGAAGGUGUUGAGUGGCAGCAUCACAACUAAAGCUCUAACAGGAGGGGGCAUGGAGCAACUUCCACUCGACGGCGAUGCAAAGAUAGCCAUCCUGCCGAAUAACCAGGAGGACAAGCUGACGCAUCCCACUGAAAAAAAGUGGAACCAAGUGGUGAAGAGGCUGAAAAAGGGCUCGAGUUUCAUCAGCAAGGGCAACCGCACUGAGCCGUGCACGAAGACUCAGCUGUUCGGACUGCCCCUCCGCAAGAUCUGCCCGGACCAACGCUCCCUCCCCAAACCAGUCACAGAGAUUCUGGUGUUCCUGAGAAAGAGGGGCCCGUCCACGGAGGGAGUGUUUCGGAAACCAUGCAACAACAAGAACAUGAAGGAGGUCAGAGAGCAGCUGAACAGCGGCCUGGAGGUCGACCUGGGGGGGCAGCCGGUGGUUCUGCUCGUCGGGCUCCUCAAAAGUUUCCUGAAGGAACUUCCUGGCAGCCUGCUGGUGUCUGAACUUUACGACAGCUGGAUGACGGCUCUGGACAACGAAGACACUCCGCAGAGAGCUGUGGAAAUUGGAAAGGUGGUAGACGAGCUGCCGGAGCUCAACAAACUCCUCCUUCAGCAUCUCGUGUGCGUCCUCCAUCACAUCCUCCAAAACGCCGACAUCAACAAAAUGGGCGCCCACAACCUGGCGGUGUGCAUCGCCCCCACGCUGCUGCAGCUGGACGGAGCCACGCUGGAUGAGCAGAAGGAAAAGAUGCAGAAGGUCACAGAACUCACCGAGGUUCUGAUCGAGCACUGGGACAUACUUGGAGAGAACAUCCCCAACCUGCUGGACACCGAUGAAGAGUCUCUGUCGUCCCUGCACCAUGACUCAGCGUAUGACAGCACCGGCGAUGGGGAGGCAGGCGAGAGCAGCAGCUCCACACAUGGAGGGUGUGGUUCGUGUUCCUCCCUCAGUCCCUCCACCCGCACCACUUCUUGGGCAUCGGACGCGGCCUUCAACCCGAAGAAGCCGUUCAACCGUCGCUGCUCCGAGCCCAUCAUCUUCACCUCCCCGGACCUCGAGGGCCUGUUUGGCCACACCCGGAGCCACGAGGACUGCUCCAUGGAGAGCAGGGACUUUGAGGAGCAGCCUCUGACAAAGCAGAUCUCUGACGACUCCUUCUUGGCCAAAGGACGAGCAGGACACAGGUCGGUCCUGUCUUUUCCCAAACUGAGAAGCAGCUCAAACUUGGAUUCUCUGCCCUACAUGGCAGGUAGUCGCGUCAAGGACUGCUCGUGCUCUUCCCUGGAGAGCGCCGCCUCAAACCAGUCAGAGGGCUCUGUUUUCACCAGCUCCCCAGUGGGGUCACCAUCCUGCCCCAGGAGAGCAAACACCUCCAGCCCACCACUAGUGGCUGCAAAGGCUCAACAGGAAAUCGUCAGACCGAUUCCGUCUGAGAAGAGGCAUUCACAGUCCAUGAGGGUGGCCAGUAAAGUCCUAAUGAGGACCAGGAGUCUAGGAGCGUUCGGCAGGAGCAGCCUGAAGAGAGACUCCCAGAAGGAAAACUCCUUCCCUUGUGAAACGCUCCAGGAGGACGCUCAGAGCGAAGCAGAUCCUCCAGCUGAGCCUCUGCACAGGCAGCGCCCCCUGUCAGCCAUCGAGGUGUUUAAGCAGGUGGACAGCCGGCUGCCCUGCAAGCCUCCGCCAUACGAGAGGGCCGUGCAGAACAUGGGCCUCCCUCCGCAGUAUGGAGCCAUGACUGUACAGGAUGCCAUGGUGCUGGAGAGGAGGUCCCGCCCAUCCUCUGUGAAUUAUGACUUCCCACCCACCUGUCCCGUCCCUCAGUUCACAGACUGCUUUUCCCAAGCAGCGCAGGACAAUGGGGGCGUUGUCGAGCGGCGGCAUCCUUACCGCCAGAGAGCCAUGUCCGAGUCCGUGUCCAAAAGCCACCACGACGCCGUGUCACGGAGAUGUAGUCAGCCGGUGUUCGAGGAGUUCUCUUAUGCCCAGGAGUCGUACGUUUGAUUUACUCUGGAACUGAUUCACAUGUUUGAUUUAUCUCGCGUCUUUUUCAUUUCUAUCCCUACUGGGCCACAUCAGAUUUUUUCUUACCUCGAAAGGUUCAUUUUAUUGUGCUGUUUUGAACGCUUACUGUAGCCUUAUCAUAGCAGCUACUUUCUACUUCUUAUCUUUAUCUUAUCGUUUUGUAUAUAGAAAUGUUCUAUGUGUCACUGUUUCACUUUGAAUGCAAGCUAUGUGCCGCCGCUGUGGUUGCACUGUCCAAGUAGUACUGUUUAGAGUACAGAUAUUAAAUAUGUGGUGUUAUGAUAGAUAUUUAGUCUAUCCCAAUGAAGCUAUGAAGACACAGUUUGCCAUGGAGAAAAUAUGCUAUUCCUUUUGUUGAUGUAGAGAAUAUGUACAGUUGAGCAUGUUGAGCACACUGCUCAUGUUUUUGUGUAAACCCUCUUCACCUUGAUCUCCCUCUUCAACUACAUUAAAGCACUUUUCUGAUAA